AUGGUCUCCUUCAAGUCUCUGCUCGGCGCUGUCGCCAUUGCUGCCUCUAUCCAAAGCGGCUCGGCCAUCUUGGUCGAAAUUUCUCUUGACGUUGCUCUUGGAACAAUUGGUGGUAUUGUUGGCGCCGCCGGUGGUGUUACCGGAGGUGUAUCUGCUGCCGUCGCCAACUCGAAGAGAGAAGUGGAUCACAUUGAGGCUGGACCUAUCAGCCGUGUCAAGAGACAGUCCUACGGCACCAAGUACGAUUGGGAGCAAUGCCACAAGGAGCUCACCACCUCUCACGUUGACUUCAACGGCGAGUCUGCUGGAACUGUGGUCGUCAGCGGUGUGCCUCCAACUUGCAUGAACCUUGCUACUGUCAUCACUGGCAAGUUCGACGAGGGUAACCCGGUUCCUCUCAGCAACAAUGCAAUCCGUUUCACUGGCUUGACCAACGAUGAUGUCAACAAGAUUCAGGACGCUCUGAACACCCACUCUUAA